GGGAGAUAAUCUGUUUGGAGCCAUGGCUCUAAUCCAUCACCAAUUCCUGCCUGCACGCAUCUUCGUUCGCCCGUUUAAUUCACCUCACAAAUUUUCAAAACCCUCCCUAUUUUUGUCAUCUAAAACCCCAAACUUGUUCUCGCUAUGUUUUGCAGCAUUACCAGCUGAUGUUUCUGAGUCUUCAGGCUCCAUUUUUCUUCCGUUACUUGAAGAAGAAGAACGACGAAGGGAUGAGGAGGAGAACAAAGAAGACAUAGAAGCGGUGGCAGAGCAAGAACAGACAGAGGACCCAGAUGAUCCAAUUUACAGAUUCUUCAAGUCUCGCACUUCAACCACUGGCCAAGACCCUCAGAACGAAGGAAAAUUCACCCUCCAGAAGAACCGUCGCGUUUCAUGGCAUCUUGCUUCAGAUGCCGAGUCUGUUGAAGAAACCGAAGUUAAUUUGGGUUCCGAAUACUCAGUUGUUGAGGAAAAGGAAGAGACAAGGGCGAGGAAGGAAUUGCUUGAGGGCAUUGUUGGGGAGAUUGUUCAAAUUGCAAGAAACAUACCGGAAAAUCUGACACUAGGGGAGGUUUUGAACGGUUAUGAGGGACGCGUUGAUAAGACAGAGUGCCUGAAGGUGUUGGGAUUUCUUGGGGAGGAAGGUCGUUUAUUUGAUUGUUUGUAUUUCUUCGAGUGGAUGAGAUUGCAGGAACCAUCACUUGUUACACCUCGGGCAUGUAGUGUGUUGUUUCCUGUGUUAGGAAGAGCAGGGAUGGGUGAUAAGUUGAUGGUUCUCUUCAGAAACUUACCGUCCAGCAAUGAGUUCAGAGAUGUUCGUGUUUAUAAUGCUGCGAUUUCAGGCCUUUUGUAUAGUGGAAGGUAUGAAGAUGCCUGGAAACUAUAUGAGUCAAUGGAACAUGAUAAUAUACGUCCAGAUCACGUGACGUGCUCUAUUGUGAUUACAAUAGUUAGAAAACUUGGCCAUUCUGCGAAAGAAGCUUGGCAAUUUUUUGAGAAAAUGAACAGAAAAGGGGUCAGAUGGAGCGAGGAAGUCUUGGGUGCAUUAAUCAAGUCAUUUUGUGAUGAGGGGUUGAUUAAGGAAGCUCUCAUCAUACAGUCAGAAAUGGAAACAAAAGGAGUCUCUUCAAAUGCGAUUGUUUACAACACUCUGAUGGAUGCAUUUUGUAAAUCCAACUACAUAGAAGAAGCUGAAGGCCUUUUUGCCGAGAUGAAAGCUAAAGGGAUUAAGCCCACCGCAGCUACAUUUAACAUUUUAAUGUAUGCAUACAGCAGAAGAAUGCAGCCUCAGGUUGUGGAGAAGUUGAUGGUAGAAAUGGAGGAUGCUGGCCUGAAUCCAGAUGCGAAAUCAUAUACUUGUCUAAUCAGUGCUUAUGGGAAGCAGAAGAAAAUGAGUGACAUGGCUGCAGACGCAUUCCUGAAGAUGAAGAAAGCUAGCAUAAAACCCACUUCACAUUCUUACACAGCUCUAAUUCAUGCUUAUUCAGUUAGUGGUUGGCACGAGAAAGCUUACAUGGCAUUUGAGAACAUGCAAAGAGAGGGCCUCAAACCCUCCAUAGAAACCUACACUGCUCUCCUGGAUGCAUUUAGGCGUGCUGGUGAUACCCAGACGUUAAUGAAGAUAUGGAAGUUGAUGAUGAGUGACAAAAUCGAAGGAACGCGAGUUACGUUCAAUACUCUUCUUGAUGGAUUUGCUAAACAAGGUCACUACGUUGAAGCAAGGGACGUAAUAUCUGAAUUUGGUAAGAUUGGAUUGCACCCGACAGUGAUGACAUAUAAUAUACUGAUGAACGCAUAUGCGCGAGGAGGUCAGCACUCAAAGUUGCCACAACUGUUGAAAGAGAUGGCAGCUCUGAAUCUAAAACCUGAUUCUGUAACUUAUUCAACGAUGAUAUAUGCCUAUGUUCGUGUUAGGGAUUACAAGCGGGCUUUUUUUUAUCACAAGAAGAUGGUCAAAAGUGGACAAGUUCCAGAUCCCGAAUCUUACAAGAAGCUUAGGGCCAUUCUGGAUGUAAGAGCCGCCACGAAAAACAGGAAGGAUAAAAGUGCUAUACUGGGUAUAAUUAACAGUAAGAUGGGCAUGGUUAAAGAGAAGAAGAAGAAGAAGAAAGAUGAGUUCUGGAAAUACAAGAAAAAACAUACAAGACAACCCGGUUCUGGUCCCAUUGUGCCACAAGGGAAACUUUGAAAUGCCCUUGAGCAUUGUAAGUUCAAUUUCUCCGUCCCCACUACUAAAUUGCUCUCUAAUAUAAUGUCGAUAUCAAGAUCUUCAUGAUUUUAAGUUUGAGGCUAGGCGCAAGACAUGCCCUCGUACGGCCCGUCAAUAGUGACGUCCUUCUUGUUAUUUUGACUUGAGUUUACUGCAACUUAGUGGUAGUUGUUUCAUUAUUGUUUUGGGAACAAAAGGUGGGCUACGCCCAGAAACAAAAAAGCAAGCGAUUAAAGUUAGAAAAGUGGGACUACGAUCCCAUAGGCUCUUUCUGCACCAGCGUCCUUAGGAAAUCAGGAACCGUAUCAUGAAAGGAGGAGCACUGGAAACCUUUGGCAAGUUUAAAAACCACCAUAAUCUGGCCUCGUGGCACUUGCUUAAUGAUUCUAGUCCACUGAAACUUAGGCAUACGUUUGAUCCCUGUUGCACUAAGAUGCAGUUGACAUUAUUAAGAGAAUCCCUGUUGAUAUUCUCUGCCAGCACCUUGGAAUCAGAUUCCAUUGCAACUUGUUUGACUUGUCCAUAAUGAAAGGAAUUCCCGAUUCCUGCGCUUACCGAUUGCAGUCGGGAGCGGGACAAGAAAUUUUAUGGGGUUGGUUCGUGAGAAUGGGCCGAGUCAGUCAGAUUUGGGAUUAUGACUUGCGUGCCAAUUUCCAUCUUCGUCGGGGGUAGGGCACUGAAGUUUGUUUUUUUGACAAAAGGGCAAUGAAGUUGGAAUUUGCUCGAUGUAUAGGUUUUGGAGUUUCUCGUUUUAAAAAUGUUAAGUUGAAUUUUUUAAAAAUAUGGAAAGGCAUGUUAUCUUAACAAAA